GAAGUGUACUAGCUAGUAGUUGUAGCCGAUUACUGAAUGUGUACAUUUAUUUUUUUGUAUAGUUUAUGUUUAGCCUACGGUUUCUUGGAUCAACAAUAAAGAAAUAAUUGUCAAUUGCAAAUGAUGUGCGACUGGUUAUAGUCAAAAAUGAGCAGUAAAAAACAUUAAAUAAUGUUAAACAAUGCAAAUUUCUGAUAGAUUUGAGAAGUGUGUGAUUUAUAUGUGAAGCUUUUUUGCAGCCGCAAAAUUGAACAAAAUACACAUAAAGGGAGGAAACCGAGACUUCUUUUUUUCUAUUGGUGAAUUAUACAUUUGUUUUGUGUGCUUGUUAAUUUGUGAAGUACAUACCAAAGUUCAGCAUAAAUGGCUUUACCACAGCAAAAUCGUGAAUCAUAUGUGAAAUUUUAAAUGUUAAAUCGUAUGAUUAAAAGUGUACAAGGAGGCUGUAGUGGGAGAGUGUUACUCGGUUUAAAUUGAAAAAGAGAAACAAAAAACCAACACAAAAAGAAAGAUAGAAGAGUACAACAAACAUCAAUCGCAUUGAAUAUUUAGAUAAAAUAACAUAAAUAGACGCGACAUUGUUAAUAAUGUUCGGCUGUCGAUUUUGUAUUUGUAAUUCCUAUGAAAUGAAACAAAUGCCCAUCAUUUUUAUCGCAUUUAUCAUUGCAAUUGCAUAUAUUCCGGACAUUUUGGUUGUCGCUAAUGAGCAACAACAAGCCGAACAAUUAGAAUCCAAUCAAAAAUAUGCUGUGAUCGGAAGUAAUUUUACGAUUUCAUGUGAAACCGAAACAAGUACACCAAUAAAAUGGAACAAAGAUGGUGUUAAUAUUACCGAAUCGAAUAAGAGAUUCCAUUUGAGAACUGAUAACAACGACAUACCGACUUUAAAAUAUAAUUUGACCAUUGAGAAGGUCGAAGAAAAUGAUACGGGCAAUUACACAUGCGAACAAUUCGGAACGGUUGAUGGUGAUGUGCGACCGGUGAAAAGGCAAUUCACUGUAUCAGCUGUUAUACCACCGCGAAUUGUGGAAAAGAGUCCAGAUCGUAUUGAAACUCGAAUCAGUAAAAGUGUAUUAUUAUUUUGUGUAAUUGAAGCUCAUCCACUUGCCGAUUUUGAAAAGUAUAUCAAAUGGGAGACAUCAAAUGGACAUCAGAAAUCUGAAUUGAUUGCGAAUCGAACAAAUAUCAGCCGCGUGAAUGGCCAACGAGUCAAUAUAACACUUGAUUUGGCCAACAUUGCGAAAAAAGACGAUGGAGAUUAUGCGUGUGUCGUUGAAAUACCAUACGACAACGAUGUUGAUCAUGUGUUUGGUAAUUCUACCAAAAUUACAGCAAAAUCGUCAGUCGUUGUAUUGGAUGUGCCACAAGUCAGUUUUGAUUUCGUCCAAUCCGUGGGUGCAUCGAAAAUCUUUUUAAAUUGGACGAUUAACAAUGGAAAUUCACCAAUUUCAAAAUAUUUUAUUCAAUAUUCGAAAAAUGGUGAUUCAACGUUUCAUUAUUAUAAAGAUCCAAUCGACGGAAAUCGUACGUCGGUUGUGUUGGAAAAUUUCGAACCAAACACUACCUAUUAUUUCAAAAUUCAGGCAAAAAAUGGAAUCGGAGAAAGUCCGGUAUACGAUCUUAAAGAACCGGUUACAACCCUUGCCGAAGAUCCGGUGUUUGUGCCUGUCAAUGAAGUAAAAGGCAUGACCACCGACACAAUUACAAUCGGAUGGCCUGCACCAGAUUCAAAUUUGCUAAAAUACAUACAAUACUACGAGUUGACUGUCGCUGAAAAAGCCAAUGAGUCCCGAAUCGUUGAAGAAGCCGUACAUCAACAGAAUAGUCGAAAUUUACCAUACAUGUUUGACAAACUAAAAUCCGGCACAAAGUACGUAUUUCGAACACGUGCAUGUAACGAACUCACUAAACAAUGUGGCAAUUGGUCUGCUACAGUGACGGGAGAAACGUCUGAUGGUAUUGCCAGUCCACCAAAUAAAUUGAAAGUCGAAUGUAAAUUGUAUCCAUAUGAUAAAAAGACGGCCAAAAUAUCCGUGGAGUGGAAAGAACCAUCUCAACCAAAAGGUGUCAUUCAAAAUUAUAAUCUUGAAUUGAUUGGCACCGCAACCUAUCGUUCGGAAAAGAAACGUACUAUGCGGAACGAAACGUAUGGACCAAAAACAAAAUUGGAAACUCAAUUAGCAGCCGAAUUUGAAAAUGUACCACUGAAUACAAAUUACACGGUUAAAGUGUCGGCCAUAAAUCGAAGCAAAAAACCAGGACAGCCGGCAAUUGCAAAGUGUUCAACACCAAUAUCGGUUCCGGAAUGGAAGCCAGUCUACUGGGAAACUAUACGUUCGGGUGACACAUAUUUGAUUAAAUUGGACAUGCCAGAGUUGUCAGAACGAAAUGGACCGAUUUGUGGUUAUCGUAUUUAUAUGAUUCGAUUGCCCGAAACUUCGGGAUACGAAAAUCAUAGAUUGCCGCCAAUUUCAAGAAUAAACAUUAGCAGUUAUCAAGAUGUACAUGCGGAGAAUAAUAAACAUGGCGGUGUUUAUCUGGCCGAAUCUAUUCCGGCCGAUGCAAUUGAACGUUAUAUCAUUUUGGGCGAUGGUAACAAGAAUCUCGACGAUGGAUUCCAACGAAUACAGAAUCCCGAAUGUCGCAAAUUACUCAAAGGCUAUUGGCCAGCUAAUCGAAUUUCAUCGCCUGCCCAUUCAUUGGGUGAUGUGACUUCAGACUAUUCAUCACGCUCUCAUGAUCCAGAUGAUCUAUUUGAAGACAUUGGCGAAAGAUCACCUGAUAGAUAUCGAGAUAAAUAUUUCGAUGGAUCGCACAAUAGAUAUCAUGCUAGAUAUCACGAUAGACAUCAUGAUAGUUAUGACUAUGCUGGUAUGCAUCAAAGUAUGGACGACGAUGAAGAUUCGAAUGCCAUUGAAACAUCAAGACGUCGUCGUCCCCGGCAUUUUGUUCGUCGUGAAGCAAAUUCCAAUGCAAUCGAGUCAGAAAAUACCGACACUAGCAAAGAAACCACAACAACAAAUCCAAAGACCGCAGAAAGUGUUCAAAUUGAACGCGGUAGUGAUAAUGUAUUCGAUGGCCUAUUGGAUUCUACUAGCAUUUAUUCGGGUUUUAUUGAAGUGAUUGUAAAUAAAAAUGAAAAAGAAGUACUGACCGAUUACAGCGAAUAUAUGGAUUUUUUGAACAUGAGAAAUGCAGUUGAUCCGGAACAAGAUGAAAGUUUAUCGAAAAUUCUCAAUAUAUUGACGCAAGUUCUUUGUGUUUUAAUUCUGUUAGUGCUUGGAUUAUUGACAAUAUUAUGCGUAAUGCAUCGCUUGAAUUCAACGAAACAACAAGGAAACGAUGUGAUUAGUUUGCGAGACUCAUUGAGCCGUUUUUGUGGUGGACGAAAUAAUCAAAGUCGCCGUCAUUUAUUGGGGCCAACACAUCAGAAACCGACAGACAUCGGUCCAAUUCAUCGUAACGAUUUACUUCAGGCAUACAUUCAAAGACACAAGGAUACCGACUAUGGAUUCUUACGAGAAUAUGAAAUGCUUCCGAAUCGAUUCAAUGAUCGUACAACAAAACACUCCGAUUCAAAAGAGAAUUCGUGCAAAAAUCGUUAUCCCGAUAUUAAGGCGUACGAUCAAACGCGAGUUAAAUUAUCGGAACGCACAACAAACGGAAUGACAUCUGGUUCGGAUUAUAUCAAUGCAAACUUUGUGAUUGGAUAUAAGGAACGUAAAAAGUUUAUUUGUGCCCAAGGACCGAUGGAUAGUACCGUGAAUGAUUUUUGGCGCAUGAUUUGGGAACAACAUCUCGAAAUAAUUGUGAUGCUGACGAAUCUUGAGGAAUACAAUAAGGCGAAAUGCGCUAAAUAUUGGCCAGAACAGAUAAAUGAUACACAGAAAUUUGGUGAAAUUACCGUUAAAUUUACACAUGAACAACGUUACGCCGAUUACCUGGUGCGUGAACUGAAAAUCACACGAUCACAUUCAGCGCACGCCAAUUCCAAUGGAAAUGGUGGCUUGAGUAAUGGCAGUGUCAGCGGUGACGAAGAAGAAGAACGACAUAUUACUCAAUAUCACUAUCUGGUUUGGAAAGAUUUUAUGGCACCAGAAUUGGGUGUGAUUCGAUUUAUUCGCCAAAUUAAUGAAGUCUAUUCAGUGCAACGAGGUCCCAUAUUGGUUCAUUGUUCAGCUGGCGUUGGUCGCACAGGAACAUUGGUCGCGUUGGAUUCAUUGAUGCAACAAUUACAAGAUGAGAAUCAAGUAUCCAUAUUUAAUACUGUUUUUGAUAUGCGUCAUCAGCGUAACUUUUUAGUUCAAUCACUGAAACAAUACAUCUUUUUGUAUCGAGCAUUGCUUGAUGUUGCCCAGUUUGGAAACACAGAAAUUCGAUUGAAAGAUCUCAAUAGCACCGUUGAACAACUGAAACAACGAUCCAACGACAGCCGAGACCAAUGCAAAUUAGAAAUAGAAUUUGAGAGACUCAAUUCGGUUCUGGACGAAUCAAAUAAAAACUGUUCGGUUGGUUCGAGUGAAGAGAAUCGUAGCAAAAAUCGAAGUGAAAGUGUGAUCCCAUACGAUAGAAAUCGAGUCAUUCUCUCGCCAAUUGGUCCACAGCCAUCCACUUACAUCAAUGCAACAUUUAUCGAGGGAUUUGAUACAUCGGAAUCAUUUAUUAUAACACAAGAUCCAAUGGAAGAAACAAUAGGCGACUUUUGGCGCAUGAUGUCCGAGCAAAGCAUCAAUACGAUCGUAAUGAUUUCAGAAAUUGGCGAUGGACCACGUAAAUGUCCACGCUAUUGGGCUGACGAUGAAGUCGAAUACGAUCACAUUUUAGUAAAAUAUAUGCAAAGUGAAUCAUGUCCAUACUACACUCGACGCGAAUUCAAUGUUACCAAUUUCAAGAUAAAAGAUACCAUUAAAGUCACCCAAUUCCAAUACAAUGGCUGGCCAACGGUUGAAGGAGAAGUACCAGAGGUGACACGUGGUAUGCUUGAACUAGUCGAUCAAACCUUAGCAUUACAUGAAAAUCCAACAUUUGCAUCCAGUCCGAUUGUGGUGCAUUGCAGUCUUGGCACCGAUCGCAGUUCGAUAUUUGUGACGUUAUGCAUAUUGGUGCAGCAACUGCGAUUGGAGAAGAAAGUCGAUGUUUGUACGGUUGUGCGAAAAUUACGUAGUCAACGUAGUCAGUUCCUCAGCACAUAUGCACAAUAUGAAUUCGUUUAUAGAGCUAUAGCAAAUUAUGCUGAUUUGCACAAAUCCGACCUGGAAUCAUCGCCACCAUCAAUCAAAAGCAACUCUUAAGCCAAGUUGUAGUUGAAACCCAUAGAAUUAUGUGAACUUGUGUAAAUGUGUUUUUUAAACAAAUUUAAUGCCAUAUGGCCAAUUAUUAUUGACUAAAAUCAUGCAAAAAUAUUGAUAUGUGACGUGGUUUUUAUCAUUUAUGAAAUUGUAAAGAAGAAAAAAGGAAAAUACGCUAAUGUGUCAAUCGCUUAAAUUGUGAUGCAGUUAAUUUAGCCACUUCAAAGAUCCAAAUUGUUUAAAUACUCAUCGAAAUGGAACACAUUUAUUCGUCAUCAAAUUGAAUCGAAAUAACAUUGCUGAGCUAUUGGAGACGCAAUUAGUUACAUGACAUAUGGUGUGAUACGCAUCCACCGACAAUAAAUCAAAGCGGUUGCGAUUCGAUUUGAUGUGGAUAUUCAAAUGUUUUGUUUGAAUGGGUGAAUGAUCACUUUUUUUGGUUUAUUUUAGUUACGAAAUAGCACAUUACCAAGAGUCAAAAUGACACAGUCAUUUAAUUAAGACGAUAUUGCAAUCUCAGUUUUAUGAUUCCUCGAAAAAUUCAAAUCUUGUCAACGUUCUAGUAAUGCUAAUUUUGACCCAAUCUACAAAAUACGGAUAGCCUUGUAAAUAAAACAGCACACUUUAUCGUAAAAUGAUUCAUAUUCAAAAACAAAAAGGAGAAAAACCAGUUUUCUAGAGAUUAAGGCAUUGAAAUUAAAAUAAAAGUCUGUUGUAUUAAGCUAAGAAAGCAUUAUCUAAUCACAUGACCAGCAGAUAUCAUGUGUGGUCAUGACCGUAUGAAGGAAAGAGUUAUUUUUGGUUGCAUGUCUUUUGUCAUGUAUUGAAUGAAACUGAAAUGAAAUACCAAUUUGCCAUAUUAGUUAUAAAAAUGAAGCAAAAUGUUAUGUUUUUAUUUUCUCUUUUUUGAAAUGCUUUCCAUUCUGUGUAGAUUGUGUCGAUUCAAAUAGAUUUUGUACAAUUUUUUUUUAUAAAUUUUUUCAACACGACUGCAAUCUUUUAGACUUCAUUUGUUUUUGAAUCGGUGCUUGAACACGGAAUCGCACAUAGUUUAGAAUUGAAGCGACAAACAUACAUUCGUUACAAUUUUUUUUUUCUAAAGAUAAUAUUUGUAGCGAUUAUAACAUAUGAAUAAACUGAGGUAAUCAAUAUGAACACAUGUGGUGGAUAUCUUGCAUACAGGAAACGCGGAAUUAUUAAAUGAUUAUGUUUUGGCCAUCCGAAUUAAACGAUUUUGAAUGGUUUCACAGCAACACUUUUCAAAAGUUUUUGAAAAGCUGACGAAUACCAACUAAAAAAAUGCCUGUUCCUGUGUUCAGAAUAUCCACAAUAUGUUCACAUUUUCCAAAUGGAAUAAUUUAGUCAAAAUAAAAAUGAAACAACAAAACAUUCUAA